AGAGGGGAUGCACCGUCAGUGUAUCGCGAGCCACUGACGAGUGAGCGUCGCGUUGCCGUUCGGCGCUCGUAAUUGCGUCCGUCGUCUGCGCUGUCGUCUUCUUAACAUUAUUCAUUGAUCGUGCACGUCGCGUCGGAUGAUCACCGUCUUCUCCGUUUAUUAAGAUUCAUAAAUUAAGAUUCAUAAACGAACACAGUUUUCCUUCAUCGUUUCAUUAACGAUGCCCGAUAAUGCUAUCAAUGUAUCGACUAAUGUCCAAUACGUGUUUCCAACGAGCCUCGAAGCGUGCUGUUUUCGACGGUCGACAUUUGUGUCGGUAAAUAGAGAUGCGACCGAUUCGCCGUAGAAGUGAAGAGUUAAUGCGUGAUCGGCGAGUUUACAUCGCGAAACGUCGAUUACGACGUCGUUCAUCGGUUUGCAACCGAGUGUAAUCGGCGUGACGUCUACGUCAGUAAGUUACUCGCGUCUCGCGUGCAAGUCAGUGCAAGUGAAACGGUAGUGAGUGGUUGCUGAAACGUGGCGAGGGAGACGUGAUGAGUGCGAGAGAAGUCACCCUGUUCGGGGGCUCCCCGUGGGGGUUCCGUAUGCACGGUGGACAUGACCUGCAUCAACCGCUACGCAUUUCGAGGGUUAAUCCAGGCAGUAAGGCGGCUCAGCAGGGGGUGAGAGAGGGCGAUUUAAUUAGUAGCAUUAAUGGCAGGAGUACCAGGGAUCUAACGAACAGCGAGGCGCAUGCACUCUUACGAAAUGCUGGGGAACAAUUGAAGCUUGGUCUCAAUCAAGAAAACAUUGGCUCCCCAAAGAGACGAAUUUAUAAGAGCAGCUUGCAAGAAAAUACCACCACCGAAAUUCUCAGUAAGACAACGACGACGAAAAGUACAAGUGCAUUGAAUACAAGAAUUGUAACGACAGAAUCGAAGAAGAACGAAACCAAUAACACAAAACCCGAUCAGAGUUUUGCCAAUCAGAACGGCGGUCCGAAGAGUUCCUUGAUCGAGCAACGAGACGAAACCAAUAAAAGAUUUACCGAAUCCUUGGAGUACGCGACAGACGCGGAAGACGUAGCCAUGCCGCACGGAGCGCGAAACCGCAGGAAUCGCAAAGGUCGCAACAGGAGGCGGUUCCAACGACCUCCAACCCCUGAAAGAGCACCGAAAGACGACGAGAAGCGACUAGAAGAAACACCAAACGACCUACAAGCUUCCUCACAGAGAACGAACGACACGAUACACAGUGACGACGCAGACCCAUCGAAACACAUCGAAACAAACGAAGAAGUCGACGAGGUUCCAAAUGCCUCCAACGACCUCGAGGCUCUCAGAAACACGGAGGAGAGAUGCAGAAUCCGCAAAGGCACCGUGGUGCCCAGCGUGAAGGUCGUGGAGAUCACGACCCUAAGCAGCCUGCCGUUAGCGGCCAGGAUCGAUCACAUACCAGGAGUCGGUAUUCUAGAAACAGGCAACAAAGACGACUCAGUCGGUAAUGCAGGUAUAAUCACCUUCAGCGACGCCCUGGAGCCGUUUCGCUCGGCUGCCGAGGCCGUCGACGCUCUAACGCCCGGCGGACGCCUGCAAAUCCAUGACGUAAGCGACUGCGACGUCGAAACCGCGAACGUCAAACCGGUUAUCGUGGAAAUGGAGUCGGACGUCGAGAGAGACGCGACGGAGGCGCCCUCUGAUAACGAUAUCGGGGAGACGGGGUGCGCCGAGGCACAUGUUUGGGACAGCGUGAUGCCUGGGGACGUGGAGAGGAAAUUGAGGAGCUUUAUCGAGGACUUGAAGUUGCCGACGUACGCGGAGGACGCGGAGGACGCGGAGGAGACGUGGAGAUCGAGCGAGCGCGUGCGCAGUUUGACGUAUAAAAAGGUUAGGAAACGCGCGGCGCUGGAGUCGUACUACGCGCACUCUGUGGCCGCGAACCGAUUCCUGGAUAUUAUACAGGAGGAGGGGGAGAAGCUGUCGGAGGACGAGGAGCAGCACAUCAGGGAUUUUAUUAAUGAAGAGAUCGGCAAGUAUCGGAGGGAGGAGAGGCGCACCGAUCGACGGAAGUGGGACUUGGAGGCGGGAGGAAGGUUGGAGUGGGAGGAACACGUGAUGAAGAUGGACGCGGCGGAGGGAGAUUCGGAUACGGAUGGCUCGGAGCGGGAGGACGGCGCGGAUUUGAGGAUGAGAGUGAGAGGAGUGAGGGGAGUGAGGGGAGUGGUGUCGCAUGUUGGAGAGGGAGUGGAGGAAGAGAGUGGAGAAUCGGUUGAGGAGGAUGGGUGUGGGUUGAGGGGAAAUUUGGAUGUAGAGGGGUCGGAAUGCGAGGGAAGGAGGGCGAGUGGAGAAGUAUCUGCAGGGAGGUAUGGUUUAUAUGGGGUGGAUUUGAAAGGAAGUGAUUUGGGAUUGCAAAUAGGGAUGAAGGAAGGGAAGGAGAUUUUGGAAAUGGGAGGAGAGUUGCUAGAUGAAAUAGAUGAAAAGAAUUUGGUGGUGGAGAGCGUUUCAGAGGCAGGAAGAUCAAAAUUUGAGAAGACUAGAAAUGUAACUAGAAAUGAAACUGGAAGUGAAACUAGAAAUAAAACUAGAAAUGAAAGUGGAAAUGAAACUAGAAAUGAAAGUGGACAUGAAACUAGAAAUAAAACUAGAAAUGAAACUAGGAAUGAUAAUCCACUAGUUGAAGAGAAUUUGAAAGGAGCUGUCUCAGAAUCACCAAGUGGCACGAAGGAAGACAAGGAAAUUUUGGAAAUGGGAGGAGAGUCACAGUUGACAGAUGAAAUAAAUAAAAAGAAUUGCGUGGUAGAGAGCGUUUCAGAGGCAGCAAGAUCAAAAUUUGAGAAGACUAGAAAUGAAACUAGAAACGAAACUAUAAAUGAAACUGCAAGUGAAACUAGAAAUAAAACUAGAAAUGAAACUAGAAAUGUAACUAGGAAUGAAACUAAAAAUGAAACAACUAGAAAUGAAACUAAAAAUGAAACCAUAAAUAAAACUAGAAGUGAAACUGGAAAUGAAAUGAGAAAUAAAACUAGGAAUGAAACAGGAGAUGAAACUAGAAAAGAAACUAGAAAUGAAACUAGAAAUAAAACUGCAAAUGAAACUGGAAAACAAACUAGAAAUGAAACUAAAAAUGAAACUAGAAAUGAAACUAUAAAUAAAACUAGAAGUGAAACUGGAAAUGAAACUAGAAAUAAAACUAAAAAUGAAACUGGAAAUGAAACUAUAAAUAAAACUAGAAGUGAAACUGGAGAUGAAACUAGAAAUGAAACUAGAAAUGAAACUGCAAGUGAAACUAGAAAUAAAACUAGAAAUGAAACUGGAAAUGAAACUAUAAAUAAAACUAGAAGUGAAACUGGAGAUGAAACUAGAAAUGAAACUAGGAAUGAUAAUCCACUGGUUGAAGAGAAGUUAAAAGGAACUGUCUCAGAAUCACCAUGUGACACGAAGAAAGAGAAGGAAAUUUUUGAAAUGGGAGGAGAGUCACAGUUGCCAGACGAAAUAAAUAAAAAAAAUUGCGUGGUAAAGAGCAUUUCAGAGACAGGAAGAUCAACAUUUGAGAACACUAGAAAUGAAACUAGAAAUAAAACUAGAAAUGAAACUGCAAGUGAAACUAGAAAUAAAACUAGAAACGAAACUGGAAAUGAAACUAGAAAUAAAACUAAAAAUGGAACCAGAAAUGAAACUGGACAUGAAACUGGACAUGAAACUAGAAAUGAAACUAAAAAUGAAAUUGAAAAUGAAACUGAAAAUGAAACUGAAAAUGAAACUAAAAAUGAAACUAGAAAUGAAACUGGAAAUGUAACUAGGAAUGAAACUAAAAAUGAAACUAAAAAUGAAACUAGAAAUGAAACGGGAAAUGAAGCUGGACAUAAAACUAGAAAUGAAACUACGAAUGAAACUGGAAGUGUAACUGGAAAUGAAACUAAAAAUGAAACUAAAAAUGAAACUAGAAAUGAAACUAAAAAUGAAACUAGAAAUGAAACUGGAAAUGAAACUACAAAUGAAAUUGAAAAUGAAACUGAAAAUGAAACUAAAAAUGAAACUAGAAUUAAAACUAGGAAUGAUAACUUGACACAACUUGAAGAAAAUUUAACCAAACCCAUCUCAGAAUCACUAAGUGACACGAAAGAAGACAAGAAAACUUUAAAAAUAGAAAGAGAGUCACACAAAGAAACCUCCACGAAAAAAUACAUAAAAAGUAGCAUUUCAGAGGUCGUAGUAUCAAAAUUCAAGAAAGCUCAGAACAAAAGCGACACACUCGCAAAAGAUCCCCAAAGAAAUUUAAAAGGACCCCUACAAGAACAACGAUACAAAAAAACCUUCCAAGAAGCAAACACUAUAAAAAUAUCACGCGAGACGUCGAUAAAUAACUUACCAUCCAGUAAUGAGAACUCCAAUGAUUUCGCAGCAACUGCCAAACAAUCGGAAACAGGAAAAUCGCAUUUAUCGCCAAAUACUUCAACCGUUACUGAAUUCGCGACAGGAGAAUCAAAAGCAAGACACGACGAAUUAAAAUUGGAUAACUGUCAGGAUUCUCGCAUGGCGUUGCCAAAACAGCCAGAGAUUAAGCAGUUGGAAAUAGCAACAGACAUUUCCGAUUCUAAAAAUGUGCCAUCGAUCAGCGAGCCUGUGAAAAAGAAGCUGCAAGAGAAAAGUGAUGUUAGAAGAAAUUGUAUGUUGCCGGAAAGUAAAGAAAAAAAUUCUGCCGAUGCAGAAGGCUCUGAUAAAUCACUGAAUUCUUCCAAGGCGCCGAGUAAUAAUUUGGAAGCUGAAAAGGAGGCAACAGAAGUUAGAUUAAAUGAAAAUUGUGAAGCGAGCAUGUUGGCAGAAAAUGGAGACGAAUUUCCCAGUGCAGACGAUGAAGGACUUAAUUCAAGCAAUACUAAUCCAUCGAGGAAUGUUUCAGAGACUGAAAAACAGGCGAUAGAAGUUGGAAUAAAUAAUCCUGAAGCGAGCAAGUUGUCAGAGAACGAAGAAAACUUUUCCAGUGCAGAUAAUGAGCCACUCGAUUCAAACAACACUGUUCCACCGAGCAAUAUUUCAGAGUCUGAAAAACAGGCACCAGAAGCCGCAAUAAAUAAUUCUGAAGCAAGUAUACUCCCACAAAAUGAAGAAAACUCCGCCAAUGCAAAUAAUGAGCCACUCAAUUCAAAAAACACUGAUUCACCUAGCAAUGUUUCCGAAAAACAGGCAACAGGAGCUGCAAUAAAUAACCCAGAACCUAGUAUACUCUCCCAAAAUGAAUUAAACUCUGCCAAUCUAAACACCGAACCACUCAAUUUCCGCAAUCUUAAUCCACUGACCACCGCCGAUACCUCAAACCCCGCGAAACCCUCAACGAAACCUGCAAUAAACACAGAAUAUCCACCCCCAACUCUAGUACCGCCCCAGUACGCAAAAUUGCAAUCACAAGUGCCAAACGUUUCCACGAAGAAAGACCACCGUCGUCCGCCCACACCACCAAAGAGAUCGUCCAGCCUCAUGGAUGUCGGUUUCCCAGAAAACUCGAGCACCCGUCCUCUUGCUCUCGAUGCCAAUCACCCAGAGCCUCCAAUCCGCCGCAAAAGGGACAAACGAAAGACAAACGAAACCUCAGUCGAAGACAGUCCGCCGAAUCGUCCUCCAUUGCCCAGAGAAAGCCUCGACGCGUCCAAGCCGCGAUUCACCGCAUCGCCAGCACAGUCAACACCGAUCGAAAGUGUCAGCAAUAUUCCCAGCGUCAUCGGAAGCCUGUCGGAAAUUCCCUCGCGAAACGACGCCGGCCCUCGGAAUACUCGCGACAACAGCCUGGCCGACUCGUGCCGCUUACCGAUUGUCGACGACUCGAGGGUCCGCGGAGCCACGGCUCGUUUCGAAAGUGACAGCAUCGCCGGAUCGCGCGAUUGCGUCGGGAACGGCGCCGGGCUUGGCAAUGAGGCAAGUCCUGAAAUAACGUGCCGCUACGCGCGGGAAAAGACGCGCGAAAAAUGCUCGGUGCCCGAGUCGUCGACGACGUCCACCGCGUUAGGAUCAGCUGAGCAGUUAAAGAAAGCAGUUAUGGAGCGUUUAAACGUCAAUAAGGAGACCUUCGAGCGUGAGGAGUCUAAAAUUGACAAGGAAAUGGAGACGUCCGAGAAACGGUUUGGAGAGGAUGUCGAAUCCAUACGGGAGCAUCAGGUACUCAGCGAGAAGCAGGUUCGCACCAAGGUCGCUAAAAAUAUAACCAAGAGCACCAAGACGAUCCGAACGACCGUCAGCGACGUCAAGGGGAGCGAGCAAGUCCUCGGAAAUGUUAGUUCGAAGGAGCUGACGACCAGCGAGGAAGAGUUCGAAGAGAUAUACAAUCAUUCGAGGAUAACAGACGACAGGAGUUACUAUGCUCGCGAAACCGGUGACGACUGUGGUCGAACCAAGCAAGGAACCGAUAGCAAGGACGAGGAGCGAGGCUCCAGGACCGAACAGUCGAGUGAACCCCAAGGCGACAAGGAGAAGACCGAUACAGCGGACUGCCAGGCCCAGGACUCGUCCAGUAGCGCCACCUCGCUGAGCACGGUGAAGUAUAAUCCAAUGGAAGCGUGGCAAGCCGACGUUUGUUCGAUAAUAGCGGAGGAAGCGAGGAAGAGUAAACUCAGGCGCGAGGACACCGAGUCGUCCAGUCUGAAGAGCAAGCUUCCUCUCUUAAAAAGAGAGGAACCGUACGACCCCGCGACCAGUCACGAGCCUCCGUUGUCCCCAGAGCCCAUACCUUACUCCCCAGUGGAGGAUUUAUACUACGUACCCCUGGAAACUGAUGAUAAUUCCAAAAGUCUCUAUGAAAGUGCCAUCGGAGUUGUUCCGGAGUCUCUGAAGAACCUCUGCAUCAAGCGAAUUCUGUCCAUGCCGUACGGUCUCCAGGUAAUCAACGAGAUAACGGUGCCCAAGUUUGACAUCUUUGAAAGCCUGCGCUCUAUACCGAGCUGUACUGUGUUCGCUAGGACAGGAGCGAAGGGAGUAACUGGGAGCGAGGUUAAAGGCGUUCCAGUAGACAUGCAUGGCCGGAGGCGUUGCGAGCCGCGUGGAACCUCUGUUUCGGGCCGGAAGAAACCGGAACGGUUCGAAGGGAAGGAAGAGAAGGCGAAGAAAGAAAAGGUGGAGAAAGAGAGGGAGAAGAAAGAGGAAGCGAUGGCGGAUGGGAGUUCGUGGCUAGGUCUCACCACCGCAAGAGACCCGAGGCUGCUCGUCUGUCUUUCACCAUCGCAGCAGAAGACGGCGAUAAAGACCAGCGCCGAUAACUUGUUGGACCUCCACAGGAAGUUCCUCAACAGGCACAGCUACUACGAGGAGGAACCACCGGCGAGGAUUCCGGUUCCUAAAUACAGGGUCGAGGUACGUCCGGUGGUCCAGGAAGCAGAGAGGAGUCACGGAUCCUGCAAACCGGUUGGAAUUGACAGCAAACCGACCAAUAGACUAUUGGAGAUCAUAAAGGAGAACUCUGGGAAUGAUCGAGCUCCUGAGCAAUUAAAGAGCACUGUAAAUGAGACAGUGAGGUUCGAGGAAACGAGUCGGUCCGAGUCCACCGCGAGAUCCACCGUUGAUAAAGGUCGGGAGCGUCUCAAGGCCACUCGCCUCUGCGACUGGUUGCACCUUGCUAGAUGCGAGCCCGUCGAUGCGCCGCGCCACGCGCUCUCCGAAUCUCUCUCCGGAUCUCUCUCCGAUGAUUUAUUAAUAGAACCGUCGGGUGAGAGAGAGUCCUUCAAGACACCUCCGAGCGUCCCCGCGCGAUUUCACAGCAACCAACCGGAUACAAAGGAUCUCGACGACAACAAACACACAUGCUUCGCAAUCCCAUCAUCAAAUUCACCAAAAAGGCCAGAUCCUCCAGCCAGAAGCUCCACGCCGUUCAACAGGAGCCCCAUCACGCUGAACAGCGCCCUAAUCGACAAAACGCCCUCAUCGGCCGCCAUGAUGGAUUCCGCUGGCAAGAAGACGCCGCCUCGAAGGACUACCGACCCGCGCUACAACGUAAAUCCGGCGCUGAUCGACGACAGGGUCGAGGUUCCGCCGCGAACGAAACGCGUGGUGAAUGUGGACAGGUCGUGCAUCGACACCACGAGCAUCUUCGACCAGAGCCCGCCCAGGUGCCACCUGGAGCCGCGCAGGUACAAGAACCCGGAGAAUCUCAAGCACGUGACCGCUGCGGAGAUCAUGGAGAACCUGAAGAUGCUCCAGAUGGACGCGGACGAUCAGCUGGAGGACACAGGGCGGGAAUCACUGUCGAGCGACCUGGCGCAGCAGUUGAGGUAUGUAGAAUUGCUGGAGAACCAACUGAAGAAUGUUAUAUUGGCCGAGGAGGAGGAGAAGGAGGCCUUCGAGGAGUUCCAGGUGCAGGUGAAGCGGUGGCGGGAGAAAGGAAGACCGGAGGAGUUGAAGAUGUCGGGAGUGAAGAGCGAAAACUCCUUGGAGAAGGAUCGCUCGGAAAAGGUAGACAAGGACAGGAAGACAGAGUCAGUGUCGGAGUCCCGGCAGAAGAUUGAGACCCUGGCGCCAUCUACCGUCGCGAGCGUGGCGCCAUCUACCAUCGCGAGCGUGGCGCCAUCUAGCAUCGCGAACGUGGCGCCAUCUACCGUCGCGAGCGUGGCGCCAUCUACCAUUGCGAACGUGGCGCCAUCUACCGUCGCGAACGUGGCGCCAUCUACCAUCGCGAGCGUGGCGCCACCUAGCAUCGCGAGCGUGGCGCCAUCUACCAUCGGCGAGAGUGAACAACUUCCCAAGAUGGCGGCCGAGACGGGCCAUAUCUCGGAGAGCAACGGAGAAACCACAAGAGUCGGGAAACCAAGAACCUCGGCCGUCCUGGUUAACGGCGAGGCGUUCCGUCGCCGGAUGUACGACGAGUAUGUGGACAAGGUCCUGGAGAGGGAGGAGAGGAAGUAUCACAAAGUCGUGAAGAUCAGCACGCACGAGGAAAUCGGUAAACCGAAGGGGAAAUCGGAGAUGAGCGCCGUCGAGAGAGAGUUUAUCGAGAAGGCGAGGAGCAGACUGAACAAAUUCGGAAUAAACCUCGACGGGAGCGAGUCGGAGACCGAGGGUGGGAGGGACAGCGAGGGGAGGAGACGAGGGGAAGUCGAGGAGAGGGAUGACAUUCCAAGAGCGAAGUGUUUGAUCGACGGGAAGGAAUUCGGGGACGAGAGAGAAUUGCCCGAGCAUUUGCAAGAGUUCCUUCGAAUAUCCGGAACGACGAACGCCAGCGACGUUGUAGGGCGUGGUUAUGAUUUUGCGACAAAGGGGAAUGACAAUGAAAGCGAUCUGCUGCACGAGAUCGACGGUGCUUUGAAAUUCGGCAAAGGAUUUCUGUUUGGGAAAGAGAACGUUAUGUUCGCUCCCACGUUUAAAGCUUCGUCCGCGACACCAGGCAUUUGGUCACCUGGAAGUGAGCCACCGCCAGACCCCAAGGAGCCAAGUCCUCAUCGAAAAGAGUCUCAAAAGGACGACGGAAUCCCUCCCGUUUGGACACCUUCCAGCGCCGGAGCCAGUCCUGUUCCAGAGAGAAAAGAAUUUCGACCGGUGCAAUUUGAAAGCCCCGUCCUAAGCCGAAAAAAACUAGCACAGCAGGAAACUGCUCAAGAGACACCGCCACCUUGGAAAGCUGAAGAAGGAAGGAAGGAAACGUUGGAAAGUAGUUACGAGAGCAGCACACGAAUUGUUAAUUCGCAUUCAGCCCCUUCGCAAGGGCUAAACUCGCUGGCAUCGACGCCCCGUCUGCCUCGUGCUCAAAAUCCAACCAUAACUUUGCUGCAAAAAGCAAGGGAGGGACAAUUACCAAAAGGGGCAGCUUACUUAGAGGAAACCGAAACGGUGAGGCGCCCCCUGAGUGACGAAAAGCCACUAAUUAGCCCCGGAGAGAUAAUCUACACUGUGAAGAAAGAGUACGAGAGCGAGCCGGAAACGGAUAAUGAACCGCCGAAGAAGAUGGCCGAUUUGGGUCCUCGAAAAUUCUCGGGUAUUGGCCCGACGACUAAGGAGGGUAUUCCCCUCGUUUUGAGAUCGGAAGUCAAGGAGAAUAAUCAAACAAAGUGGUACAAGAAAAUGUAUGACUCGUUGCACCGUACUGAUAGAAGCGAUGACUACGUAACCAUUCGUUACAAACCAAGACGAGGGAUAAGGUACGGCUACGGAAGCAGCAGUGGAUACUUGAGCGAGCCGGAACACCGCUUGUACUCCGAACGUUCUGCUACAUUUGAUAGUCGUCGACGUCUACGUAACAAAGAAAAUGAUUUCUCCACGUCGACUAUGCCCAGGAAAAACGGAGCGCUGAAAUACAGCACGGAUAUUUACAAGAAUCAACCAGGACGCAUCGAGGAUUACGAGCCUGGACGGUCGUCCAUCGCCGAAAAGGAAGCCAAAGAGUGGUGGGACGAGGUCAUGGACAUAUUUGAUGGGUGGUUGAACGAGAAUGGACGUCCUCAGGGUACGGGGAUGGAGGAGCUGAGGAACGCGCAGCUGAGCCACCGUGUUCUAAGCCUCUCCUACCGACCGGAAACUAGUCGCAAUCCAUUCGAUCAACGAAACAACCGUCCAGCGAAACCGUAUAUGGCACAUGCUCUUAAAGAAUCAGGCUACGAGAGUGAUUCUACGCUAGUGUUUCGUCGCAAAGAAGACAUAAGUCCUUUGAGUCAACUCGAGCAAAGACUGGCUUACAAAACAGUGCAAAGCGGCGGUGACGUGCCCCUUCAUGGACUUCGCAAACCAGCUCCCGAACGACCGAAGGACGACUCGGUGGUCGAGUAUUUCCCUAUCUCGCCCACGUUGACGCGGAUCCGCGUUCACAGGAGAACCGCUUCGUCAGCUCGAGUAUCCUCGAUCAUCCGAACCCCAACCAUCAAGAAAAUGGACGUUUCAUCAAAACCGAAAGAUUUCACCAAUCUCCGCGGCAGAACAUUUCCGUUAACGAGACCGCCAUCGCCUCCGCGGAGACAAUCCUCGCGAAACAACAAAACCCUGAAGCUGUACACCCAACAGCAACCGGUGGGCACGUCUCAGAGCUCCAAAUCGAGGCACAGGCAGUGCUUCGCUCCCGACAGCGCAUCAAGCAUUAACUCUGCCAGAGAACGUUUCUGUAAUUUAGAAAAAUACAAGAAGAACCGAGAAAACUCGAGGACUUCGAGUCUAGCUCGAGCAACGUCCACGAAUCCCGGCUCGUCUCGAGCGAAACUUCCCGCAAUGGCCGUCAGCUUCAACAGAAAGCCGUCGGAGCGCUGCCCGUCGCAAAGCUUGUCGGACGCAUGCGCAGAGAAAGGCGCAACUGCGCCGCGCAGCAGGAACCGAGUCUGCGCUGCGACGCCGCCAUCUUGGAAAGCCGUGGCUCCAACCAAGUCUCCCAAGUGCGCAGUUCCCGCGCUAAUGAAGCCGAAGGAAAGGCCUUAUCUUGAAAAUAGUGGUUAUCAUUCCUCGAGUCCGAGGAAUUGUAUGAAGAUAAGAGGGAGUGAACGUUUGGCGAAGAGGGAGCAGGAACAGGUGUCCAAGAGGCUUGUUAAAUCAGUUAAUUUGACACAGAAAUUCAGAGAAGGCGAUGCUCAGACUAGAACUGUUCCGACUGGGACUGUCGUUAGAACGACAUCGACGUUGCACAUUUCCAAGAAUCUUAAUGAUAAAUUUUUGAAAGGAACCUCAAAAGUAUCCUCACAGGAUAUUUCACAUUCGAAGAGAACGGACUCGGCUUUAACCUCAAAGUCGAUGUCUUCGAUGUCUUCGAUGCCAUUGCUGAAGUCAUCCUCGGCACCUUCGGCGUCGGUUAUAAGGAAGUCGGUGUUAACGGACGCCAAGAAGCCUAGAUUGACGACCAAGCCAUUGGAGAAGGUAUUAAGUAAGGAUUGUUUAAGAUCGUUGACGCCUUUCUCGGACAGCGAGGCGAUCAGGAGGAAGAGGAUCAGAGAGAAGCCUCAGACCAUCACUAGGACACCUGUUCGGAAAGCUGAGACCACUCAGGCGAGUCCUGAUUCGAUUAGGAAAAAGGUGGAGAUGAAGAAGAAGUUGAAGAAAGAUAACGGAAUCGUAAAAGGAAAGAGACUCGCGAAUGGAAAGAAGGAGGUAGAUAAGGAAAGAGAUAAGGACAUCACGAAAAGAGAUAAUAUAGAAAACGAGGAGCCAAACACCAGACGAAAGGCUUAUCAAAUAUUCGAGCAGCCUAGAUUGACCAUAGAGGAAAUCAAAAGACACCAAGAGGCGACGCGAUCGGACUCCUUCUUCCAGAACCUCUUCCUCAGGUCCGCCUCCUCGAGCUCCAGUCAGAACAUUUCCUCCAGGAAAUCUCUGGUAUCCGAACGCGCCAGAAUCUACCAAGAGGGCUGCAUCCGUGAGUCUUGCAGAUCCGAGCCGUCCUUGAAGUCCCUCAGCAUCUAUCUAGCCUACAAACGUCCAGUCUCGAACUCGAAGUUCAGAAGCUGGGAACGCGAGAGUGUCUCUUCGAGAAGCUCCAGCCCGUUCGGCGUCAGCUGGCCCGGCAGGUCCGUGUUCCAGAUGAUCAGCAAGUUCGAUAGUUUGUCAGGCAUCGACGACUUCGGUUCAUCCGCGACACUACGCGAUCGUAGUCCGGAUUCGGUCAGGGAACGGCUGAAAGAGAGAAGCUCCAGCGAGCCGCCAUUGAAGGCUCUGUCGGAAUAUACAGAGUCCAGGUGUUCCUCUUCGAGAACCUCUUCGCCGGUCAGGUCGCCGUCUUUUCGGCGCAUAAGAACUCUGAGGCAGGAUAAAGCGGAGGACGCGAGGAAGGUUAGGAAUGAAGAGGUUAGGGCGAGGAGCGCCAACGAGCGCGAGAAGGUUAGGUCAAGGAGCGCCACUGAGCCUGAGAAGGUUAGGUCGAGGAGCGCCUUUGAUCGCGAGGUUAGGUCGAGGAGCGCCACUGAGCCCGAGAAGGUUAGGUGGAGAAGCGCCACCGAGCGCGAUGGGGUUAGGUCGAGGAGUGCCACUGAGCGCGAGGAGGUUAGGGCGCCUCGCGUUACUGAGCACGAUGAGGUUAGGUCGAGGAGCGUCACAGAGCCUGAGAAGGUUAGGUGGAGAAGCGCCACAGAGCGUGAUGGGGUUAGGGCGCCUCGCGCCACUGAGCGUGAGGAGGUUAGGUCUAGGAGCGCCUCUGAUCGCGAGGUUAGGUCGACGUGCGCCACCGAUCGCGAUGAGGUUAGGUCGAGAAGCGCCACUGAGCCUGAGAAGGUUAGGUCGAGGAGCGCUACUGUACGCGAUGAGGGUAGGGCGCCUGGCGCCACCGAGCGCGAGGAGGUUGGGGCGUCUGGCGGCACCGAGCGCGAGGAUGUUCGGGCGUCUGGCAGCACCGAGCGCGAUGAGGUUAGGUCUAGGAGCGCCUCUGAGCACAAGGUUAGGUCGAGGAGCGCCACUGAGCCUGAGAAGGUUAGGUCGAGGAGCGCCACCGAGCGCGAUGAGGUUAGGUUUCCUCGCGCCACCGAGCGUCUUACAUCUCAGAUAACUACAUUAGGCUCCACCUUGUCGUUAACAAGGAGCACUAGUUCCCUCUGCGCCUUUCCGACCGACCGCGAGGAGUACCAUCGGUACGUUUUCGAAUUGCUACGCGACAGAAGAAAAUCAGAGAAGUACAAAGAGCUGCGGGACUUCUACUGCAGCCUCGAGAGACUCGCCCAGCUGGAGAGGACGUUCUCCACUGGCGAUCUACGACCGAGGAACGAGGAUAUCAUAGACUACGACCGCUGGAAGAGAGUGAGGUCGCGCGAGAAGGCCGAGAGCGAGCGCAACUUCCUUUAUGGGAAGUUAAGAGCGGCUCAACGCGACAAGGACUUCUUGUUCAGUACCAAAGAUACGAGCAGGUUCAAGUGGCGUGGCGAUCGCGGUUUGAGGUGCAAGGAGCGCUCGGUGGAGAACAUAGUGCGGCAGUUUAAGAGGCUGCAGGAUGAGGAGUGCGAGCUGAACUCGGCUAGGAAGAGAGAUCUGCGAGAGAUCUCGUCGAGAAAAGACACUUACAAGCCUCUUUGGCGCGGGACGUCCGUGAUCAACGUCGCGAGCACGAUGCAGGAGAAGGCCAACAGCGGUCGGAACGGCGACAGGAGGUUUGACCGCUCGGAUCAGCCCUCCCUGCAGAGGAGCCUCGGCGGCAGUAAGAAAUUCUGGAGCAGCCUGUCCAUCGAGCAAGUGGCGACCCUGAAGAAACAGCUGAACGAGAUCUACGGGAGCGGGAAUCUACAGAAAUCAACGACCGCAGCGUCCCUAAAGCCGGAUACUUACAAGUCCGAGAUCCUCAAUGAUUCUUCUCCUACUGAUGAACGGGAACCUCUGUCGAAGUACGAGAUCGAGGUUUCUCCUCGGGUAGACUUAACAGACGGUGCUCGCGACGAUGGGAAAGGGCUUCACGUGCGGUGCCACUCGAUGAUCGCUGCGAACGAGACAUCUGGCGAGAGAUCCUCGAGUCAGAAACUAUCGGUAAAUAGUUCGGAAUUGAAAUUGAAGAGAGGUGACGCCAUUGGCCGAGGGAAAGGCCUGGAGAGGUCCCAAUCGGACGGUUCAGCGAUGAGAUUAUCCAUGAGCGAACUCGAGAAGCAGAGGCUCUCCGUGACGCUAGGAAAGGAGGUCCUGGAUAAAGUCUCCCGGAGGCGGAUGUCAAUGCCUGGUCCUUGCAGUGCGCCUCCAGAGCCGCAGAAAAUACCGAAACCGGUUCUAGCUUCCGUCGCACCCAGCGCAGCUAGCACUUCCCCAAGAAGUUGUUACUCCCUAGAAUCAUCCUACACCGAGGACCCUUCCAAUCCCAAAGAGAAGAACGACUUCCUGGUGGUCCUGACGCCUAACACCGAUAACUCCGCCGACCGGGAGCGAGUGGAGACCGUACUAGAGGAGUGGUCGCGGAAACCACCUCUCCUGACCAUAGCUCUACCAACCAACAACCUCCAAACAAAAACCGCAGGCUUCAAUUCCGGCAGCGAGAGGGACAGCACGACAGGCAGCUCCGAGACUUCCAUAAAAACAGUGAUCCAACGCAGCGUAGACUACGAGGACGUCCCAAAGAAGAUCGAGUUCUUCGAGAAUGUUCAGAAGACGAAGCACUCACCGAAUCGUGGAAACCAAGAUCCAGAAAGGCGCCGGAUUGGUGGACUGUCCCAUUCCCAGAGCUUCGCCGACCUGAAGGAAUUGUUCGGCGAGACGGACUCCGGUAAAUACGCGACCCUGGCGCGUUUGGGUUACCGGACACGCUCGAUAUCCCCGCGGGGAAUGGCGGAGAGAGGGUCCCGCAGCCCCGCGCGGGAAGCGGAUGCCAGCACGCGACGUUCGCUCCGGUCGUGGUCGUGGGACCGUGAACCGGAUAGGCCGGUCAGUCCAUGUCGCGCAACGGUGCAAUCGAAUUCGUCCUGCAGCUUAGAGAGCGUUUGGCUGCGCGCCUCCUCGCCGGAUCCGGAGAAGUACUGGCGCGCCUACCUGAGGCUCGUCAGGAACGGCACGGUGAAGCAGCUGAAAGUCAAAUUCGAGAGCGCCGAGGACAUCCACACCGGGAGUUUGAAAAUCAACCCAGCGCCUAAAAGGUUCCGUAGCGACCCGGAGCUGACGCGGAGUCUUCUGAAGAAGGUCGACGACAGCAAGAAUCUAUUGAAGCCGCACGAGUUCGCGGACGUGGCCUGGCUGCGGCGCAAGUACGAGCCGCGGAGAGGAAAGGCUAGGCGGAGAGGGGAGUCCCCGCCUAUUCCGCGCGUGCCGCUCAAACGCGAGGACUUGGCGAUGCCGCAUAUAGACGUCAUCAGCAAGACGGCUGAGCUGAAGGACUCCUCGGUGUCUACCGUGACCAAUGGCGUGGCUAGGAGGGCGGAGACGGAGGAACUCGAGGCGAAGAAAGCAGUCGGUCGCUUGAGGAAGAAGUUCGAGGAGUUCGCGAGCCGGAAGACGUCGAUUCUGGGAGAGAUGUUCACCUCGUCGCCGGAUGUCCGCGAGCUGCGGGAUAUUGGUCCUUAUUUGGCUGGGCGCUGGGUGGCUCACAGGUAUCCCAGUCGACGAGAUAAUAUGCGCUCGCUGUCCUCGCCUCCGGAUCUGGCUGGGAGAAGAUCUUCUUCGAAAAAUCGUGCGGAUUCGGGAGAGUUGGGGGCGGAGACGAGCGGCGAAAGCAAGCCGAUGGGCAGGCUACGGGCUUCGUCGAAAGAGCCAGGGUCUUUGAAACAGAGUGAAUCGUUAGGGAAAGAACAGUUCGAUCCGGAUAAGCACAGGCCGAGGUUUAGGUACCAACCUCCGCCGCCGACAUCUUUGCCUAGCUUGCGACGGAAGACCGGGUCGUGGUGGUCGCCGAUACCUGUCUACACCGCUCGACCCACUGUCACUUUUGAAGAGUAUACGAACGCGCCUCCGCCGCCGCCAAAAUGCCAACACUACAGAGACGACUGUCAAGAAUCACCGAGGCGUUAUGUGGAGGGCGAGGUGACGAUUCACUAUCGUUCACCAGUACGUACAGAGGCGAAGGAGCCAUUAAGUGAGGAAGAACUCGCACGUCGAAGCGCAGAGAACAUGCGACGCGUUUAUCAAGAGGAACGUCGUCGCAAGUAUCUUCAGGAACUUCAUGACAUCGAUUCGCGACGUCACACUGACAACUUCAUACCAUCGCAGAAGUCGCCGAUCCCUUUGAACCGUUACGACGACUUCGUGGACGACCUGAGCCACAGAAGUAGAUCGCAGGAGCAAACGCCGGAACCACGGCUGGUAGCGAGAGCGCUUUACAACUUUAUCGGUCAAUCCUCGCGGGAAUUGAACUUCCGUCGCGGUGACAUAAUAUUUGUCCGUCGCCAGGUGGACAAGAACUGGUACGAGGGGGAACACAAUGCUAUGAUCGGACUGUUUCCAUCGAAUUACGUCGAGAUUUUACCAUACGAUGGCAUGAGAACAACACCAAAGAAACCUUACGAAGGUCAAGCAAGAGCUAAAUUCAACUUCGUCGCUCAGACCAAUCUCGAACUUUCAUUGGCCAAAGGAGAGUUCGUUGUCCUGACAAGGAGAGUGGAUGAGAACUGGUAUGAGGGACGUAUUGGAAAUCGAAAAGGAAUAUUCCCUAUCUCUUACGUCGAAGUCAUUACAGAACCUGGACACAGAUCAGAAACUCCAGUUCAAAAUAAACCAGUUGCCGCUCCAGCCGCGCACAGUCUCCUAGCAAACGGAUCAGCUGGGGGAAAAAUGAGCAUGGGACAUCAUCACUACAUGCCGUCCAUACCAGUCAAUAUAAACACAACUCAGCCCCACUUCAAUUCACUGCCAAGAAUGGGAGGAAGCAAAUUGCACGUGACGCAGCUCAACGAAGAAUUGCACAUCGAUACACACUCCGAGCCGAUACCAUACCGAGCCCUGUACCCUUACAGACCUCAAAACGAAGACGAGCUGGAGUUAAAGGAAGGCGACACGGUGUACGUGAUGGAGAAAUGCGACGACGGUUGGUACGUAGGUUCUAGUCAGAGGACGGGUUACUUCGGCACGUUCCCUGGCAACUACGUGGAGAGAUUGUGAGGAACAACGACGAGCCUCGUCGCUCCGCGUAUCGAGCCGCAUAUUAUGCUUUACCAAAGCGCUAAGUCGACCCAUUAACAUAGAUGAAAUUUAACGAUAACGCGUCGAUGAUAAGGGACGAAGAAAACACACGUCACAACAGUCUUCCUUAACCGAUAUCGACGUCGACGUUGCUCCAAUGAUAAACGCAGUCACGCAACUCGACACGAUGAACCUUAUCGUCGAAUUUACCAAAAACUUAUCCUAAGGUUACGAAUAACGUGUAAGUAGUGUACAAUAACAUUUACUUAUUUAUUAUACCAUUCACGAGGACAAUUGCGUCGAGCGGACAUAGGCGUUCGAGAUUAGGAAGAGAAUGGACAGCGUUCAUUCGCGUUCUUUUUUAGACAAAAUUUAAGGUUAUUUCUCGCGAAACAGAAAAAUUGUAAAAUAGAGCAUAACCUUAAGAGUUUGUUGAAAGCAAUUGUUGAAAGCUAGCUCGUGAGAAUAUUCUGGUAUGCUUGUUUGAAACGAAGAAGUUUCCGUCGGGCCUAUUUUCGCUAGGGCCACCUAUAGGCUACAGUAAUCGAAGGGUCUGUCUGGUUUCACCAGCAACGAACAAAGUUAUUCGUCCAUUUAACCCUUUGCACUCGAGAGGUGACUCUCAGUCACCAUUAGGUCUCACGCAGCAAAUCUAAAAUACCUAAUGUUUCUUUAGGUUUCAUUUCUUUGGAGCUCCAAGUGUUGAUAAAAUGAUUGUUGAUGAGGUAAAGGUGACCUUAUUCUCAAAUCUAAAUAGCUUAGAAUCCAUGGCAAUAGAAUGUUAAGAAACAUCUCGAGUUGCUGGCAGAUACCAGAAAAAAAGGCCUCGAGUGCAAAGGGUUAAGUUAAUUAUUUAAUCGGUCAGAUGGCAAAUGGACUGCAGAUGUUUGCAGACGAAGAGAAUUGUGUUCAUUGAGAAGAUGCUAGGAGGACGUCAACAAUUUAUAAUAAAUUUGUGUACCGCACAGAUUACUAAUAUGGAACUAUUCUUAUGCGAAUAGUAUUUUUCGACAUGAGACUCUUGUUGCAAACGAGUCAUCAUUGUCAAAAAUUUCCAAACGAGGUGUUACAAGAUUCGUUGGUUCAAAAUUAAUAAUAAUACUUUGUAUUUUUGCAACUAAAACAAGUCAUAAAAGAUUUCACAACUUUCUAGUGAAUAUCUGACUCAAUUUUCCAAAUUUCUUAAGCAUUCAAAUACAAUUACUUUGGUCUUCCUGGAUUUUUAACUGAACACCAUUAUCUAUGAUGUAUAAACAAACAUUUAGCUUCGAACCUGGACCACACCAAACUUUAAGAAUAAAUUUCUUCAUCGUUAGUGAAACUGGAUACAUACUUACAUACCGCCUAAGUUUAAGAUGAGCCAAAGAUGUAAAGGUCUCGAGCAUUUUGUCUUGAGUCAGCGUUAAACGAUUGAAUCCACGAACGUUUGUCUUGUUUCAAUGUAUCCAAGAUGAGAUAUGCUUUUGUCAAGAUUAUUCCGAAUCGAGAGGUUCACAUUAAAAAUGAAAAAGAAGAAAUGAAACAUAAACAAGAACCGUGAAUUCGAAUUCGAGGAACACGUUUCCUUCUGUGUUUGGUAUUGUAGAUAAAUCAACCGCGCUGAUUGUUACAUUCGUGAUUAUCCAAAUGUAAACGAUUUAUAAUUGAAAGUUUGCCUUCCCAAAUUAAUAUUUUUGUAAACAUUAUUUGUACCCAGAGUUAUAUAUGAAUUAUAUAAUGUAUAGAAGGUAUACGUUUGUAUAUCUGUUAUAUGUAAUUAUAUAUAGUUAUAAUAUAUGAAAAUGUAAUUGUAGAGAUAUUUAAUUACGUAAUUAUCUAUGCACGUGUUAAAAGUACGUACACGUAAGGUUCACACUCGAGUCGUGUGUUCAUAUUAAUCGUAACGAAUUUAAUGAUUUUCGCCGAUAUAACGAAAACGAAACUGCGAUCAGAAAAUCGACUUAUCACGAUGUUUCGCCAUCACGUUAAACGGUUAGGCUAUCCCUGAACUUUCAGGGGAAAAAGACUAACGUGAAUUUGGAAAGCAGACAAUACUAAUUACUAUUGUAACUCCCUGCGACGAGAAAGGGAAAAACUGAGUACGUAAUAAGGGCAUUAAUUCAACGAGUGCGACUAAUAAUCACAGGUCGAUAUUCCUUACACUGAUUCUCGACUAAAACAAACGAGCUUCUAGUCAGGAGCGUACGACUCAACGACUUGUCGUGUAUCGACAUUUUUCUACGUGUAAAACACUCGUGUCGAUCUGUAGUGCGUUUCAGAAUUACAGGUACAAUUAUCGCUAGCUUUUCAAAUUAACGAAUUUCAAGUAACAUACUUUUAGUUUAAAUGUUUUUUUUUUUAAACAUGUUUGGCACUUACUUUUAUCGUUUAAUUUCCUUGGAUUGAUAAUCAGUAGACUGCGGAUCUUUAUGGAAAAUAAAAUCUUCGCGAACGUGCCUAGAAAAAUUGAAGCUAAAUGGGAAUUUAUUUUAUUCUGUAAAUAUUAUAACAUGAACUUUACUUCCAAUCUUUUUUAUAUUCUUGCAUAUUGUUUGCAUUUUGUAGGAUCUUGCACAUUCAAAUUUCCUAUAAAUGCAUAAUGAUCCACAGUCUAAUAAUCAGGCUUCAAAUAAAUGAAAUUCUCUAAGUAAUCGCAAGGAAUGUUUUACAUUUAGUUUGAAUAAACAUAGGAAACUGCUUUAAAUUAGUAUGAAUAAUUAGCAAUGAAAAGAAAGGAUUUCGUGAGCAAAGAAACUAACAGACAUGAAUUUAUAAUAUAAAAUGUUACAAAAUAGUAUAGAAUGCACUAUUAUUAAAAGUGUAAAUAGUUAAAAGUGUAAAUUGAUCUGUCGCAUGAUAUGGAUUUCUGUAUGAAUUUGAUCGAUAGAUCAUUGUAUAGUACAGUAUGCGAUACGUAUACUUGUAUAAACAUACAAACUAAAAAUUAUGAUUAGUUUUAAACUAGGAUGGCACCGUACAAAGAACUAGUGAGUGCGUACUAAUUUUAUUGGAUAGUAAUUCGUAAUUUGCAAAAAAAAAUAGCCUGCAAAGUAGUAAAAAGUGUUUCAUCUCUACGAAAUAAACCAUUUGUUGUCCCACGAGGAUGUAUUAUUAACUUCUUGUUGAGUACUAUUAAGUUAUUUAGUUUGUGUGCAUAAACUUCACACUGUUUUUCUAAAUACAGUAAAAAUUGAAUGCUCCAGUCUUCUAAAAUUAAAAGUAACAAAAUUAUAUUUUGACUGAUUUUGUCACGAGCUCUGUAAUUCUCAAUCAUAUCUAGCUUCCAAUAGAGAUAUAUUAAAUUCAUAAAUAAAAAUAAUCUACGCUUAAUAAAAUAUUCUUGUGUUUCUUUAUUUUUGUUUUAUGUUCUUUGUCUGAUUGAUUCGAUACCUGUAUUUCUGAAACAACCUUUGCGUACUUGCGUACAUAUCUUAUGUUACGUGCAUAUCUUCGCUGAUUUUGAGCAAAUGUAAUGUUCUCAAACGCAAAUUCCUAUAAGAGACAGUUUAAAGAAACCGAUAAACGGAAGACAAGAUAGAGUCGAGUCUUCCAAGUGUCCGAAUAAGUUUCUUUGCUCCUCGUGGAGGUCGAAGAAGUGAAUAUGAUAAUAUGGAACAUCAUAUCGUACGAAGCAAAGUUCCAUACUACCAUCUUCCCUUCGAUAUUUAUUAACGUGAUUCGUCCUGCUUGAUUUGAAUUCGUUUUGCCAAAUUUUUAACUCGCACCCCUAACAAUGUUACUGUGUACUAUACACUCGAAAUUGAAAUAAACAUUAGCCUGUUAUCAA